AUGGGAAAAUCGCAGCAGGAACCCCUGUCUUUCUAUCAUGCUUACCUUCUGCUCUGGAACACCAGCGUCACAAGCUUGGCCGCCAUGCGGGCGGCCGUCAGUGCAGCUCGUCUUUCCACAGAAUAUCUUCCAGGUUUGCCGCAAGGGCUCGUUGGCCUGACGGCACCUCUGCAAGUGCGAUGGGCCAAGAAGGGCAACAAGCGCAAGAAGAAGCCGAAGCGGGAGGAUCGCACGGAGGAGCAGAAGGCAGCCAGUGGCGGGCCGAGAAUGGAGCGGAUCUUCGACAACGUGAUGCAUCCGGAGAGCCCUCACCAGAUGAGCAUGGUCAUCCGGCGCCAUAUGCGUGGCUUGACGUCAGAUGGUCGGCACAACAUCCGACGAAAAAAGGAUCUGACGCGCUACACGAACUACCGGGUGAUGAGAAUAGCUGGGCUCACGCACGACAAUCCGACAGAGGAGGUCAACAGACUAGGGUUCCUGACGCCACUCACAGACCUGCAGGACUCCUCGAAUCUGCCUCGCUCGGCGAACCACAUCCGCUUCAGAUAUCCGCACACCCUCAGCUACAAGGUCUAUUGGGGGCCUCCGACAGUCUACGACGAACCCAACGAGUAUGAGGGCUCCAUGGUUGGGUGCACCGUGGCCGUCCGCCUUUGCGACCUACCACUGACCCAGAGGCAGAAGGAGCGCCUGGUGGACAUCGUGGGCCAUCACCGGGUCUGCGAGAAAACUGGCGUUCUGACCCUGGAAGCCGAUCACUUCCCAGAGAGGAAUCACAAUGCUGCCCUACUGGGAGACAUGUUGGAGCAGCUCAUGAGGGAGGCCAUGCUUGCGGAUGAGAGCCCACAGUCUGCCAACAGCCUCAGACACGAUCAGUCGCUGACUCUGUCGAGUGAAGAACCAUGGGCGCUGGUGUACAAAGAUGCGACGCUGCUCCAUGCUCAAAGCAGAGAGCACGUAGCACGGCCCAGAAUUCCAAAACGACACCGCGAGGGGAGUAAGGGCAAAGGUCGUUCCAAGUUCCGGGUGGGGUGGGUGUGUGCCACUGCACGCACCGUGCUCACAGCUUUGAGCGAAUUCACCGAGGCCAUACCACCGCUGGUGACCACCGUGUUUUCUCGAAAGAUCUGGCAGGUCUCGGAAUACUUCUCAGACAAGGUAGUUUGGGUGACCGGAGCUUCCGCUGGCUUUGGGGAAGCACUUUGCAUUGCUCUCUGUCAAGCGGCGAAGCCUGGAGGCCUGAUCCUCAGUGCUCGUCGAAAGGAUGAGCUCGAAAGGGUAAGGUUAAGAUGCUUGGAGCUGCUUCCAGAUCUGAAGACAGAAGUGCUGCCGCUGGAUCUUUCUGACCUUUCGAGGUUACAGCCUGCAGCCGAGCAGGCGAAAGGUCUCUUCGGGCGUGUAGAUGUCCUUGUGAACAACGGUGGGGUCGGAUUUCGAGGCCUCGGCCAGGAGACAUCGAUUGAGACGGACCAACACGUGAUGAACGUGGACUUCUUUAGUGGCGUGAUCCUGCUGAAAGCCCUCCUUCCAGACUGGCUUAGGAGGCGGAGCGGCCAUGUCGUGCAAAUCUCAUCGGUCCAGGGCUUCUUCGGCUUGCCUGGUCGAACCGCCUAUGCAGCUGCGAAGCAUGCUGCCGUCGGCUUCUAUGAUUCGCUACGGGCAGAGGUGGCGGACAAUGGCAUAGCUGUAACCACUGUUUGCCCGGGGUACAUAGCUACUGAACAUGCACGGAAUGCCGCCAGAAGUGAUGGGGUGCAGGUGGAGCCCGAGAUCAAAGGCGUGGCUCCGGAUGUGUUAGCACCGAAAGUCCUCGCGGCAAUCGCACGGCGGAAAGCAGAGAUGGUCCCUGCUGCUCUGGAUGCUCGAGCGGCUCGCCUGCUUCGCACUCUCUUUCCCACCCUUUUCUUCUCCAUCAUGCGGAGGUCGAAGCUGUGA